AUGAGUCUCUCAUCCCGUGCACUGUUAGCUCUAGCAGCCCUUUCUUCUCUAUCACUCGCCAAGGAAGUCGGUUAUUUUGAGCCAUCCUCUUGCGCUGAUCCCAAAGGGUUCGAAACAUGCUACGAUAAUGUAGAUACCAACUACUCGAACUGUGUAAACAACAAUUGCGGAGGGGGAGGUGAAGCCUGCUCGAAAGCAUGUGGUGGAAACACAUCCUGCAUGAACGAGAUAUGCCCUGGCCUGGGAAUCGACUGUAUCAAUGCUUGUGAAUGUGAAAGGUCCGCUCUCCAGAUUGAUUGCGUAGGCCAGAGAUGUUGGAACCGGGUCUACUCUUGCGAGUACCAAAAUACAGUCAUGGACUUCCUCGGCGUCUGUCUCAACCCCAACCGGGAUGGGUUACCGUAUUGGCCGACUCCGAAUGAUGCCCCUGAUUCUUGCUCUUGCAACCUCGGCAAAAUUGAGAAAACAGAAUACCUCAUCACGGAACACAUGACCACGUGCUCGGAUAACAGUACAAAUAUCGCCGGUAUGACUGAUACUGAUGCGAUGAUUGAGUACGGACAAGCGUGCCUGUGCUGUGGAUACAGUGCUAUUAUCUCUGCUAUCUGGGACACCUGCCCUGACAUCAAACCCUCCCUACUAGGUGCAGAUGAAUGGUUUGCUGGAGCUCUCAUCCCCGGUCACUGGGAAGAGUGCGGACCAUACCUUGAGAAGUACAAUUGCGCCGGCGAUUUGGGUUAUGCUCGUGCCGAUGCUGGUGGUAACACCAAAUUCUACCAUCCUAGCAGCAUGCCGAGCAAUGGCACGAAAACAAUGUCGAAUGUGGGUGGUGUUGUCUCUACCCCGGUGAGUGGUGAUACUUUCACAUGGACAUUUGGGUCAACACUGCAGCACACUGUCACUGUGUCUUCGGUAGAUGCUACUGUCACCGGAACAAAGACUACCGGUGGGAGCGGUGGGAGUGACGUUACUACAACGAGUAGUGCGACUGGUACAGGAGGGAGUGACGCAAAGCCUGGCAUGGGUUCUUCUUUGACUGUUCCCUUUUGGACCAUUGCUGGAAGUGUUGGUGUCUUGAUACUAUCGGCUUUGUGA